GGGGCGCCCGGAGCGGAGCUGAGCGAAGGCUGCCACCUACUUGGGCCACCUCGGCGGCGGCUGCAGGGGCUCCCGGGGGCGAGCGCGGCCAUGCGGGCAGUGGCGGGGGUCGCGCGGACGGCUGCGCUGGCGCUGGCGCUGCUGCUGGGGGCGUUGCACUGUGCUCCCGCGCUGGGCGAGGAGUACGACUACUACGGCUGGCAGGCCGAGCCGCUGCACGGCCGCUUCUACUCCAAGCCGCCUCAGUGCCUCGACAUCCCCGCCGACCUGCCGCUCUGCCACACGGUGGGUUACAAGCGCAUGCGGCUGCCCAACCUGCUGGAGCACGAGAGCCUGGCCGAGGUGAAGCAGCAGGCGAGCAGCUGGCUGCCACUGCUGGCCAAGCGCUGCCACUCGGACACGCAGGUCUUCCUCUGCUCGCUCUUCGCGCCCGUCUGCCUCGACCGGCCCAUCUACCCGUGCCGCUCGCUGUGCGAGGCCGUGCGCGCCGGCUGCGCGCCGCUCAUGGAGGCCUACGGCUUCCCCUGGCCCGAGAUGCUGCACUGCCACAAGUUCCCUCUGGACAACGACCUCUGCAUCGCUGUGCAGUUCGGGCACUUGCCCGCCACCGCGCCUCCAGUGACCAAGAUCUGCGCCCAAUGUGAGAUGGAGCACAGUGCUGAUGGCCUCAUGGAGCAGAUGUGCUCCAGUGACUUUGUGGUCAAAAUGCGCAUUAAGGAGAUCAAGAUAGAGAAUGGAGACCGCAAGUUGAUAGGAGCCCAGAAGAAGAAGAAGCUGCUCAAGCCAGGGCCCCUGAAGCGCAAGGACACCAAGAGGCUGGUACUGCAUAUGAAGAACGGCGCAGGCUGCCCCUGCCCACAGCUGGACAGCCUGGCAGGCAGCUUCCUGGUCAUGGGCCGCAAAGUGGAUGGACAGCUGCUGCUCAUGGCCGUCUACCACUGGGACAAGAAGAAUAAGGAGAUGAAGUUCGCCGUCAAAUUCAUGUUCUCCUACCCCUGCUCCCUCUACUAUCCCUUCUUCUAUGGGGCCGCAGAGCCCCACUGAGGGGCACUCCUCCCUUCCCCACCCAGCCAGCUGUGCCUUGCCCUCUGUCCCUGCCCAUCUGGCCUUGUGCCCACUCCCAGGCUGACCCAGCCCCUCAGAGAAGGUGGCUUCCUACAGAGCUGUGAGUGGCCCAGCCCCACAGAUGCCCCCAGAGCCUAGGGGCUGUCCUUCGUGACAGAGAGUUCUGGGGUCUUAGACUUCCUCUUUUAGAAGGACUUUCUCUUCUGGGAUUUUUUCUUCUUGGGAGGCCAGGAGGAGGACAGAGCAAGGGAAGGGUGGAGUACAGCCUGAGGAGGGGCGGGGUGCCUUGGAGAGCUGUCUCGGUGCGGGGUGAGCCACUUGGGGAACAGUUCUCCCCUGCUGCCCCGUUCUGUCUCAUCACAGCUCUCCGAAGCCGAGGACUUCGGGUCUCCGUGCCCUGCAGCCACACCUCCUGCAUUCUGAUCUCUCCCGGGGCUCUACCCCAGGCCUCCUUAGUCUCUGCGUCUCCCUUUUCCCUGAUAAUGCUAAGUUAUUACUACUGCAGUGAAACCGUGGGUUCUAGAUAACAGAUUCAAGCACGGUUUAAUUGGUUUUUUUAAGUUUUUAAUUAAAUUAAAACAACAGUUGGUUUA